AUGAAACUUUCAGCUUAUCAAUCGUAUUUACUUAUUAACUCUUGCUUUUGUCUUCUCGCUAUGUCUAAUCACGGAAACACUACAGGAGUCAAUGAAGGAUCCUCAUCCUUCAGUCAGCCAGCACUGGAAGUUCUGUUGCCCACUCAACAUCUGAGACCCACUAAAAGAACAACCCCAGCUCUUAUGGACAUUCGCCGAUCUCCUGUUCAUCGUCAAAUUGACCCGCUGCCCGUUCUGGAUUUACCGUUAGACAAUUAA